AUGGCUCUAACUCUAGAAACAACUGGCAUCGUCAAUAUGAAAGACCUGGCUCGGCAAGAAGUAGUUAGUUACCUCGCUAAGAAAGAUAGCGUGUUACUGCCUAAGUUACUGCCAAAUGAGCUGGAAUUCCUCCAAGUGGUAGCAGAGGACGACGUGACGGCUGUGCGGGCCUACUGCCUGUCCCACCCAUCUCUUGACAUCAACUGCGUCGACUUUCAGGGCACCUCAGCACUUCACAUAGCUGUAAAAAACCGAUCGGAAGCAAUGGUUGAAUUUCUCUUAACACAGCCAAAUAUAGAAAUCGGUGACACGAUAAUGCACGCCGUUCGAGAGAAUGCCAUAAAAAUACUUGAAAAGCUGCUCGACACCCGAAAAAACACAAGUCCUGCGUUAGAGUUUGUUGGCAGCACUCACUCGCCAGAUUUCCCCGAAUAUGUCACGCCUUUGAUGCUGGCCGCACACUCCAGGAACUACGAAAUAGUAGCGCUGUUGGUUAAUCGAGGCCACACUAUACCUCAACCACACUCACCGAAUUGCCUUUGCGGAGAAUGCAAGUCAGUAAAUUCUACGAUAGAUGUUCUGCGGGCGAGCAACGCGCGGCUAGCUUCGUACCAAGCCAUGUGCGCACCCGAGUACCUGAUCCACGUGACCGCGGACCCCAUACUGGCAGCGUUUCGCCUAGCGAGGAUGCUGAAGGCUCACGCUGACACCUGCCGCCACCAGGCUGCAGCCUACAUGCAACUGAGGAAGCAAGUCAGCGAAUUCGCUGUCAAUCUUAUAGGAUGCUGCUGGACGUCUGCAGAGGUGGAAGCCGUGUUGAAGCAAACGUGCUGCCUGAGCCGCUCGCUGUUCAAGCUGCCGCGACUCCUGAUGGCCGUCGACUACAAACAGAAGGAGUUUGUCGCACAUCCUAACACGCAACUGGUUCUGCAAUCCUAUUGGCUGGAAAACUGGUCGAGUUGGGAGACCAAGUCAACGGUACGCAAGGGACUUAUAAUAACAAGCAGGAUUUUCAUUGCGCCUCUCAUUCUAUUUAUGUGCGUGGCAGCCCCGUGCCACCGGCUCGUUAGCCACUACCAGAUACCGUUGAACAAGCUGAUUACCCACGCCACCGCCUACUUCGUAUUCCUGGCCCUAGUCUUCUAUAUCUCUAAUCAAGAUAAAGCGAAACAGAAACGAGGACCGCCGAAUACGGGAGCGGAGACGCCACUGAUGCUCUUCGUGCUAGGGCACGCGUGGUCCGCUCUGCGCAAGUGCGUGGUGCAGGGCCCGCGACGGUACUUCUCUUAUGCUUGGAAUAUCUUCGAUCUCACCAUGCUCUUGCUCUUUGGACUUACUUUUGCCUUUUGGCUUGCUGCCAAGUAUGAAACACUUAAUGAACAUGAGGAACUGGAACGAAAAUAUUGGAACCAACAUGAUCCAACUUUACUAGCUGAGGGUACCUUCUGCCUUGCUACGAUUUUUGCAUUCUUCCGACUCUUGUCAUUUUGCCAGCUCAACUACCAUCUUGGACCUCUUCAAGUGUCUCUAGGAAAGAUGACUGUUGAUAUCUACCAGUAUCUAAAAGUGUACGCAAUAAUAAUAAGCGCAUUUGCUGUUGGCUUGGCUCACUUCUAUCAAUAUUACGAUGGCAUGGUCUAUGAGGACGAAGCUGGCAUGAAAACUGUACAGGCGUCGUCAUUCAUAAGCUUGCCGGACACCCUAAAAACCUUGUUCUGGGCGUUGUUCUGCCUGUCGCCGUUGGAAAGUGCCGACGUUGUACUGGACAACCGCAACUCUUCGGACGGGUUGCCCUUGGCUCAACACACAUACACUGAACGCAUCGGAUACUUCUGUUUCGGAUGUUUCGAAGUAAUCUCCGUGAUAGUAGUGUUAAAUAUGCUGAUAGCGACUAUGUCUAACACAUACCAGCGGGUCAUAAACAACGUUGCUACCGAAUGGACCUUUGGGAAGACUGAAAUGUAUCUGAACUACAUGUACGAGACCACGCUGCCGUCGCCAUACAACCUCGUCCCGACUCCUAUUGGCGUAAAAGCAGCCGCCGAGUGGCUGUUCCGAUUGUGCCGCCAUAAGCUGCCUGCCAAGUGCUGUACAAGCUACGCUAAUAUUGUGAAUAUUCAAUUGUAG